AUGUAUAGACGAAAGCUAGCCGCUCUUGACUACUUAAAAGAUUACAAUCCACAAGAUGAGAAUGACUUUCGUAAUAUGAUAGUAUGGCUAGAAGAUAUGAAAAUCCGUUUAUAUCCGAUAGAGGAUCGACAGAAUUUGAGAAAUGUACAAAGUCCACAAUGGAACAUUGCAUAUCAGAAGUAUUUAGAAGAUCUGAAAUGUCCACAUAACAACAUAAACGAUCAUGCGAUUAUUAGCGAUUGGUUAAUUGGUUCAGCAGUUAGAUUAGAAUACGGUGAUAGUGUUGAGAAAUUUCGACCGGUUGUAUCUGGUAAUGAAGUGACAAUGAACGGUGACAGUAAUAAACCAAAACAAGGAAAUCCAUUAGACAAUAUUGAUUUUACGACUCCAGAAUUUAAGCAAGGCAUGGAAAGAUUGUGUGAUAUAUUGCAAAUACCACGGAAAUUUAAUGAUACAACUGCUGUUUUAAGAACUAUAAGCAAAAUAAUAACAACAAAACUUUCAAAAGAAUCAAUGGAAAAACAACAAAUCAAGGAACAUGGUUCUGGCGUGGAUUUUUCAGUGGACAAAAUAGCAUUGGGUUUUACUACAGGGGAUGCUAUUAUCGAUGAAGCAGCGAAAAUUUUACGUUUAUUAUAUAUCCAAGAUCUUCGUCUGUUACAAACAAAAAUAAACGAAGCAAUUGUAGCUGUUCAAUCAAUUGUGGCCGAUCCUAAAACGGACUCAAAAUUAGGAAAAACCGGAUAUUGA